CGACGAAUUUCGCCAAAUUUUUCAAAAUGCAAGCGCUUCUAAAUUACCGUUACAGUUUUUUGGCUGGCGCUUUUGCUGCUGGUGGUAGUUUCUUUGGUAAACUGCCAAGUUUUCUCAGCGCUCAACAAAUCUUACACAGAUCGGCAACGCCAUCAUCAGAAGGAGCGGCGUACUAUAUGGAUAAACUGAUGUUUCAGUUGCUUCCAUUGGUCUUAAUGGUGGUUUGUAAUGUUUUUAACUGGCGGUUUUUCCUGAAGGCCCUCCAGAUGACACCACAAACUCUUACCGCCACCGUCUUGACAGCCGCUUCAAAUUAUGUGUUAUCGUUUAUUUUAGGUGCACUUGUUUAUCAAGAACCACUCACAGCUCUAUCCGGAGUGGGCGCAACGUUAAUAUUGGCAGGUCUUUGGUUUUUAUGUGACACGAGUGGAGAGGAAUCUAAAAAGCAGAAGGAAUCGUAAUUGUAAAAAGGAGUUUUAUAUUAUACAUAGCUUUAUAUGCAUGGCACGUUUACGCUGUUUCUAUGUGGUAUUCCUAAGUUAAACUUAUGUCAGACAUUCUACCGAUUUACGCAAUAAUUCCUGGCGAUAAUAUUGCGACCGCUUUGGGGCUCUGCAUCCAUUGCACCUUGCGGAUUGGUUCAGACAUGAUUGCAGGUGCUUCCUAACUCUCCAGGUAUGUUGAUUCGAAAUUAAACUAAUUCAAUUCUGCAUGAACCAACAAUGCAUUGUAAAUAUUGCAAAGAUGUUUGACUUCAACUUUAUUGUUAAUAUUACUGGUGAACCCAGUAUCAAUAAUCAAUGGCGAUUAAUUGAUAUUUCAAAAAGGUAACGUUCUUUUUUGUCCUGUAUGCAUUUUUUUACUUUGUUCCAAGAAAAUGGCUGAGUCGCUUCAUCGAAGACUAUUUGUCGCCAGCAUAUGCCAAUAUAUUUGUCGUAGUCUUUCUCUUCAAUAGUUAGAAACUCCUGUACCUAUUGUUAAGAAUUUUAAUGAUACUACACAAAAUUUCUCGAAAGUUAGAUUUAGCCAUGUCUUCAUACUUCAAGUAUGUCAUAUUCUUAAAAAGGGGUAAAGCUCCUGAACAACUUUCUUAACAGAUAUUCAACGCUUACA